AUGAAGUUAAGAAUCACCAUCGGCCUCGUCGUGGCCGCGCUCGCAUCUCUGGCCCAGGCCAACAUGGAUACAGAAUAUCCAAUCAUGACCCCCAUACCCACCUUCAACCACAUCAACGACACGGAGAUGCUCCUCGCGGCCCAGUGCAUCGACCAGUGGUGCAAUGAAGACGAGUUCCUCGACGCGCACACGGGCAAGAUGCGGUGCUCCACGCAGACGGAGGCGACGCUGGCCGGCGGCGAGGCCAUGGUGGCCUUCGUGUGCAACCUGGGCGGCAAGGCGCGGUGCUCGGGAUACCAGAUCGUGAAGACGCUGGCCCUGCUCCGCAAGACGGGGUCCCCCUCGGGAUGGACCAAGCUGCAGACGAGCCGCGAGAUGGGCUUCUACUUUGGCUUCGACAGGUGGUGCCCGGGCGGGUCCGGCUCUCGCUGCGGAAGCCUCUACGACCCUGUCGCCCUAGCCUGCGACAGAAACAAUGAGUGGACGAGGGGGGUACCGAUCCAGGUCGACCGCAGGAUCAGCUUCGCACCUAAGGGCGGCGAGUACCACGGCACCCGCUGGGCCACACAGGCGGCCACGGCCGCGGCCACGGCCACCCGGGGCCACUUGGGCUAUGCGACCGUCGCCCCUCCGGCCACCCCUUCGCCAUAG